GAUGCCUUGGGUACGGCUUCACAAAUGAAGGAUGUCGGUAUGUCCACUCAUGUCAUGUUCGCGUUUCUUUCUCACUUCACCGGCCCCUGGCCGUCUUAUCGUCACGCCCCAACAGCCCAGCGUGUGAAUCGUAGGGCGAGGGCGCGUCCUCCCAAGGCAUUUCCUUCUCCAUGCGAUGAUAUCUCAUCCUCCACAAGCAUCUCAAGAGAGUACCAACUAAUAGUACACAGUCAACAUUUUCAGGGCCUUCGUCGCUCUCAGCAGAGAUCCGAGGUCAUUGGUCUGGCUGAACAGUUAAGGCUCGAUCCGACUCAGAACCCCAUCACCCGCCGCCCAGGCCCGGGCCGCGGGAGGCCUAAGAAACAGCAGCAACCGGCGAGUCAAAACUCUCCCGCUCUGCCUUCAAGACUUCCACUUCCUAGCACGAUGCCGAAUAUUCCUCGGGGCCCCAACGGAACCCAAGUCACAAACACUCCCCAGGGUCCCAACCCUUUCCAGGUGUCCGGCGCUCCUCAGGGCUUCCACGCUCCCCAGGGCUUUCGCUCUCCCCAAGGCUUGCAUCCCUCCCAGAUAUCCGGUGCUCCGCCGAUCCUCCAGAUAUCCAAUCCGGACUUGGGCCAGGGGUCCAAUGUCUCUCAAGGCUCAAGGUGCCCUCGGGAUUUAAGCGCCCCCCAGGUUUCAACCACUACACAAGAUGCAACCACUGGCCAGAGCGCAACCCCCUCUCAAGAUUCAGCCACUCUUCAGGGCUCAAACCCCCCACCAGAUUCAACCUCUGCCCAGAGCUUAGUCCCGCCUCAAGGCCCAAACAACCCACAGGGUGCUAAUAUCCGCCAAGCGUCCUCGAGCGACAUUCCACGAUCGGGCUUGGGGUCCGUCUCAGGGCACAGGACCGAGCCUGCCACCGCACCCGCCCCAACUAACCCGCCGGGCAGGGACACCACCAAUGGCCCCACCGUCGUACCCCACAGGUCGCCCGAUGCAUCGUCUCAUGCUCCUCCUCACCAAACCGCUCCAGGCCCCGCGCCCGAUAACGGCAUUCCUCAGCCUCUCGCGAGUGAAGAGCCAGAAGAAGACCAACAUGUCGCCAAACGACAGAAGCUGGCUCCGGCGGAGGACCAUUCUCUAGAUGACGAGGCCGUCUUGGCACUGGCGGCUCAUGGCAACUCGCCGGCUGUGACAUACCCCUCACCAACCGAGUACUCGCAGGCUGAUGCAGACCACACUGGCGACCUAGGCGAAUCUGACGCGAACCCAUUUAACUAUGGGGGAGCAUAA